AUGCGAUCGUCUCUGGGACUUCUGGCUUCUGUAUCCCGCAGCCAGCCCUCGAAGCUCAGGAAGCCAACCAUUAGCCUUGAUCAUAAAUACCCAGCUCGUCCACCAAGGAUGAACUGCACAGAUAUGCUCGUGGGGAGUUUGAGCGCAAUAGAAACAUUACAGACUUGGUAUGCCUUCCUUGGUAUUCUAGUACAGUAUCAGACUGAUGAGUACGGACAGCAACACAUACGAUAUCUUAUCUCGACCGGAAAGUCCGAAUUUGAUAUGAUGAGGCGGUAUAUUGACGAGCAAGUUGCAGGCUAA